AUGUGUUCACUCAUUGACUCAUUGAGUCAUUCAUUGAGUGAAUGUUACCGGGACACGUCGAGUAGGUUACGCCUGUGGAGACGCGUCUGUAAGCACGCGUUUCUGGUGGGCACACAAUCCCUGAAGAAUGAAAAUCAGAUCCAUUUGUUGGAGUACCUGGAGGACAGCAAUAGUCUGUCGAAAGCCGUGUUCAGACACUCUUGUGGUGAGGUGUGGGACGUGUCCACACAUCCCAAACACUCGCAACUCAUGACAACCUGUUAUUCAUCGCAAUCGCAGACAUUCGCCGGUAAAGUGGAGAACCACUGCUCUCUUUGGACACUUCCCAUAGAUAUGUCCAAACCAUUGACAGAUGAAGACUCGACCACUUCUUCAGUUAACUCCGUCUUGGCGACAGACCGUAGCCACAAAAACGUGUCGACAAUUAAUGCCGACUUUAAUGUCACCACAAAGAGUUCCAACCGAUUCAAUAAGAUAACGACAUUCAGGUGGAGUCCGCACUCCAACUGUGGUCUCAUAGGAAUCGCGAACUCCAACUGUAUUUACGCGAAAGACCUGCGAGUGAAGAGCACUUCCAACACCAACGCCUGGUCUAUACCUAACUCUCACUCACAACUGGUUCGGGAUCUGGACUUCAAUCCCAACGCUCAGUACUAUCUGUCGAGUUGUGGCGACGACUGCGAGACCCGCUUUUGGGACGUCCGCAACACUACGCGACCGGUGCUGUCACUGACCAAUCACUCGCACUGGGUUUGGUCCGUCAGAUAUAACCUCUUCCACGACCAACUGGUCCUCACGUCCAGCAGUGACUCGCGAGUAGUGCUCAUACGAGCCGUGUCUGUGGCCUCACAACCCUUCGGACAUCUGCUCGAAGACGAGAUGGCAGACGAAGACAAUGGAGUCACUCAUAACAAGAGCUCUUCGGCCAUCGAUGGGGUGAUCGCCACGUAUGAGGAGCACGAGGACAGUGUGUAUGCGGUCGAGUGGUCUGUAAGCGAUCCCUGGAUUUUCGCGUCACUUAGUUAUGACGGAAGGCUUGUCAUCAAUAAAGUGCCCAAAAGUGAAAAAUUCAAUAUUUUGUUCUGA